UAAUAAUAUACGACUGUCACAUUAAAAAAAAAAAUUCUCAAUAUCAUUCAAAAUCCAUGAUUGUCAUACCACAUCAUUGUUUUGAUGAUGUGGUGCAGCAGUGAUUGGGGGCCUUGAGCCUUGUUUGUGGGGUGUUUUCAAGCGGAAUUGGAUCCUUUCUUGAGCACAAGGAGUGAAUCUUCCUGACCAACACAUAUGGACCGUUAGAUAAAAAUCCAACGGCUACAAACAGGAGAUCCAUUUAAAGUUAUAAUAAAAUCGUUUGAUGAAAAUCCAACGGCCCACUUGUGUUAAGGAUCCGCUCCUUGUGCUCAGAAGAUGAUCCAAUUCCUUUUCCAGCCUCCUCCCAAAGAAUGGAGAAGUGGGGUGAGACUGAUUCACCAGAGCCAUGAUUAUAGUUGAUUAAGUUAAAAAUACACUACCCUUUAUACAUUAAUGUGUAUGAAGUGUGCAAUGUCCAGGUUUUUCUUCUUCCUUUAGAGCCGCCCAUCAAAGCAAACAACUUACAGUCUUUUCUUUGUCUCUUUCUGUGUCUAUUUGUGUCCCUCUGAAUCUGGGUCAUGGAGGCGGGAAACCGUGAUGGAUUUCUCCUGCAUGAAAACCACGACAAAUUACAUGACGAUGACGUGCGCACCUCAUUUUACACGGCUUGCUCUAAUGGACUAAAUGACUUUUCAGAAAAAUCAUCAUCCUUGAGCUUGCCUCUUAUUCUUGGUGAGGGGCAGCAUGAGCAAGCUGGAGGCAAGGUAGUAGAAGAAGUAGAGUCAAGCUUUCAUCACCAAACUACAGCCACAACCUCCUUCCUCAAAACCUGUUUCAAUGGACUCAAUGCACUCUCAGGAGUAGGAAUACUGUCAGUUCCUUAUGCACUAGCAUCAGGAGGAUGGCUAAGCUUGAUCUUCCUUUUCUUAAUUGCGGCUUCAGCCUUCUACUCGGGUUUGUUAAUCCAGAGAUGCAUGGAUGUGGAUUCUGAUAUAAGAACUUAUCCGGACAUAGGUGAACGCGCAUUCGGGAAGAAGGGAAGAAUACUGCUGUCGAUUGUCAUGAAUGUAGAACUGUACUUGGUUGCAACGGGGUUCCUAAUUUUGGAAGGAGAUAACUUAAACAAUUUAUUUCCUGGCGUAGAAUUAGACGUGGCCGGAUUAAGAAUUGGCGGAGAACAGUGCUUUAUAAUUGUUGUUGCCCUCAUUAUUCUGCCAACAGUUUGGUUAGAUAACCUGAGCCUUCUUUCUUACGUAUCUGCAAGUGGAGUUUUAGCCUCUGCCAUCAUCCUCGGUUCGAUUUUGUGGACUGGUGCCUUUGAAGGAAUUGGAUUUCAUGAAGAGGGCACACCACUGAAGUGGAAUGGAAUCCCUACGGCUAUUAGCUUGUACGCGUUUUGUUACUGCGCGCAUCCGGUGUUCCCGACCCUCUACACUUCAAUGAAAAACAAACGCCAGUUCUCCAAUGUUCUUCUCCUGUGCUUCAUCUUGUGCACCAUCUGUUACGCAUCAAUGGCAGUUUUCGGGUACCUAAUGUUUGGAUCUACGGUUCAAUCACAAAUAACUUUAAAUCUCCCAACACACAAAAUCAGCUCAAAAGUCGCGAUAUACACCACGCUGAUCAAUCCCAUAUCCAAAUAUGCUUUGAUGGUUACACCAAUUGUGAAUGCUGCAAAGAAGAGGUUCCCGAGUCACUACAACAAGAGACUCAUCAGCAUGCUAGCCAGCACCACCUUGGUGACGAGCACCGUUAUAGUAGCUUUGGCUAUACCAUUUUUCGCUUAUCUCAUGUCACUUGUCGGAGCAUUUUUUAGUGUAACAGCUUCGAUUAUAUUGCCGUGCUUGUGCUACCUUAAAAUUUCUGGUAUUUAUCGACGCCUCGGAUGUGAGAUGUUGAUGAUAGGGCUUAUAUUACCACUGAGUGCUGCAGUUGUUGUAUUCGGCACUUACACAUCUCUAGUAGAUAUAAUAGGGCACUUGUAAACGGAUUCUCUUUGUGGCCAAUAUAUUUGUUUCGGUGGCAGUUUUCAAAUUCAUUCCUCCUUUCUUUCGGGAUAGUGUAUCUGCAAGCUGCUGCAGUUUGUACCAAUCUGCAUAGAAUGAUAAAACAGACUCAGAGUUUGAGA